AUGCUGCGCUGGCGUGCCGUCCUGCUCCUCCCACUCCCACUCCCUCCGCCGCCUCGCUUGCUUCGCCGCCUGCCGCACCCGCGCGCCCUCUCGUCCUCGUCCUCUUCCCCGCUCCCGCCGCCGGGGAUGGAGGCUUCCUACAAGUUCGGGCCCUACAAGAUCGACGCCAGGGAGGUCUUCCACGCCACGCCCCUCUCCUACGGCAUGGUGAAUCUCCGCCCGCUGCUCCCGGUUGCACAUGUCCACAUUCACCUCAUCCCGAGGAAGAAAGGGGAUUUUGAGAAAAAUGAUGAAAUAUUUGACGCGAUUGAUGUGAAAGAGAAAGAACUGAAGGAGAAGCUUGAUCUGGACAUUGAGAGGAAAGAUAGAACCAUGGAUGAAAUGGCUCAGGAGGCCAAUGAGUACCGUGCUCUUUUCUCCUAG